AUGCCAGCAAGUGUAACUCAAACCGGACAGAAGGAUGAUAUGACGCAUAUUUGCGCUGAGCUGGGGAAAGAAGGUACUGUAACGUCAAGUCAGCGAUAUCUUGACCUACCGGCCAGAUGGAGAGAAGGAGGAGGGCAGAAGAAGCGGAAUGGUGGUAGAUGGACCACAAGAGGAUGGAAGAUGGGCCGCAUGAAACUUGGAUCUGACGAUAUGUCCUUCAUUGGAUAUGCGAUCCAGCCUUUGGUGGGAUGCUGGAGGCCGUUUCAAGCCAGAGGGAGGCAUGUCCCGCAUCCAUCCAUGGCCGCUGUAUGUAUCGCUGAGGAGGCUUGUUGGACAGUUGUCUGGACUCGCUGGCGCGGCUGCGCUGUGCAGCCCGAGCAGGCCCGAGCUUCCUGCGCGGUGCGGAGAAGCUGA